CAAAUUCACCCAUGUCUACGACGGAGACGCUCGAAUGGCCUGCUAAUAAGGUCCGGAGUACCUUUAUCGACUACUUCAAGGAGCAUGGACACACCUUUGUUCCUAGCUCCUCGGUUAUCCCGUUUGAGGAUCCAACGCUGUUGUUUGCCAAUGCUGGUAUGAACCAGUACAAGCCCAUUUUCCUUGGCACUGUUGACCCUUCGAGCUCUUUCGCCAAGCUGAAGCGUGCUUGCAACUCUCAAAAGUGCAUUCGUGCCGGUGGAAAGCACAAUGACUUGGAGGACGUGGGUAAGGACAACUACCAUCACACCAUGUUCGAAAUGCUGGGUAACUGGUCUUUUGGCGACUACUUCAAGAAGGAGGCUAUUCCUCUGGCUUGGAAAUUGCUUACCGAGGUGUUCAAACUGAAUCCUGACCAACUGUAUGUGACGUACUUUGGUGGCCACGAGGAGAGUGGACUUGGUCCUGAUUUGGAGGCCAAGAACAUUUGGCUUGAAAUGGGUAUUCCCCCCGAGCGUGUGAUCCCCGGUAACUUGAAGGACAACUUCUGGGAGAUGGGUGAGCAGGGACCCUGCGGUCCCUGCUCUGAGAUUCAUUACGACCGUAUUGGCGGCCGUAGCGUUCCUGAGCUUGUGAACCAGGACGAUCCCAAUGUAUUGGAGAUUUGGAACAUUGUGUUCAUGGAGUUCAACCGUGAAAAGGAUGGUUCCCUGCGUCCUCUUCCCAACAAGCACAUUGAUACGGGUAUGGGUUUUGAGCGUUUGGUUUCCGUUGUGCAAAACAAGUCGUCCAACUAUGAUACCGAUCUGUUCGCUCCCUUGUUCCAAAAAAUCCAAGAGCUUACUGGUGCUCGCCCUUACGAGGGCCGCAUGGGCGAAGACGAUGUGGAUGGCAUCGACACGGCCUACCGCGUUGUUGCUGACCAUGUUCGUACCUUGACGUUUGCCAUUAGCGACGGUGGUGUUCCCAACAACGAGGGACGCGGCUACGUGCUUCGUCGUAUCUUGCGUCGUGGUGCUCGUUAUGUGCGCAAAAAAUUCAAUACCCCCAUUGGUGAUUUCUUCUCUCGUCUUGCUCUUGUUGUCGCUGAGCAGAUGGGUGAGUUCUUCCCCGAAGUUCGUUCCAAGCUUGAGGAUGUGAAGGAGAUUUUGGACGAGGAGGAGGAAUCCUUCUCUCGUACUCUGGAUCGCGGCGAGAAGAUGUUUGAGCAAUACGCUGCUGCUGCCCAGAAGACUGAGUCUAAGAUGCUUAAGGGCAUGGAUGUCUGGCGUUUGUACGAGACAUACGGUUUCCCCGUUGACUUGACUCACUUGAUGGCCGAAGAAGCCGGUCUUAAGAUUGACGUUGAGGGCUUCAACGCCGCUCAGGCUCAUUCUAAGGAGAUCAGUCGUCGUGCAGCCAAGGCUGGUGGUGACAGCGCUACCAUGGUCACUUUGGAUAUUCACGCUCUUGGUGCCUUGGCUAAGAUGCCCGAGGUGCCCAAGACCGAUGACCAUUUCAAGCACGAGUCUGGCACCAUCAACGCCACCGUUAAGGCUCUGUACCAUCCUAGUGGUUUCCAAACCUCUACCGAGAAGUUUGAGGCUGGUGAGAACAUUGGCAUCUUGCUCGACCGUACCAACUUUUACGCUGAGCAGGGUGGUCAAGAGUACGACACUGGUCGUAUUACCAUUGACGGCAAGCUUGAGUUCCGCGUGACGAAUGUCCAAGUGUACGGUGGAUAUGUUCUCCAUACUGGUUUCUGUGAGUAUGGUUCCUUGAACGUCGGUGACGAGGUUAUCUGUGAAUACGACGAACUUCGUCGUCGUCCUUUAAUGAAUAACCACACCGUUACUCACAUUCUUAACUUUGCCCUUCGUGAAGUUUUGGGUGAGGGUGUUGACCAACGUGGUUCUCUCGUUUCUCCCGAGAAGCUCCGUUUCGACUUUUCUCACAAGGCCGCCUUGAGCAUCAAGGAGCUGGAACGUGUGGAGAACAUUUGCAACCAGAAGAUUGCUGAGAAUCUUAGAGUUUACGCCAAGGAGCUUCCUCUUGCUAUUAGCAAGGAAAUUGCUGGUCUUCGUGCUGUUUUCGGCGAGGUGUAUCCCGAUCCCGUCCGUGUUGUCUGUGUCGGUGCAGACAUUGAUGAGAUCAUCAAGGAUCCCAAGAAUGAGCAAUGGCGCCAAUACAGUAUUGAGUUCUGUGGUGGUACUCAUCUUCCCAAGACUGGUGAAAUCAAGGACUUUGUCAUCCUUGAGGAAAGUGGUAUUGCGAAGGGUAUUCGUCGUAUUGUUGCCGUGACUGCAGCCGAUGCCAACCAAGUCUGCCGUAUCGCCAACGAGUUUGACCAAAGACUUGACAGAUUGGCUGCCAUGCCUCAUGGACCUGAAAAGGAAGCCGAGAUUAAGCUGGUCACUGUCGACUUGUCUCAGCUUUCCGUGUCUGCUCUCCGCAAGCACGCUAUGAAGGAGAAGUUCACUAAGAUCACUAAGCAAUUCCAAGAUCAAGUCAAGGCUGCUAACGCCAAGGAGCAAAAGGAUGCUGUUAAGGCCGUUGCUGACUACUUUGAAGAGCAUCCUGAGUCUAAGUUCUUCGUUUCUAAGCUUAAUGUUUCUCCGAACCCUAAGGUUCUCAACUUUGCCAUCUCUUACGCAAAGAAGAACUUGGCUGGCAAGAGUCUGUAUCUGUUGGCUUCGAACGGUGCCCAGCCGGACAAGGUUGCUCACGCCUGUUUGGUUUCUCAAGAGGCUUUACCUAAGGUGACCGCUCAAGAAUGGUCUCAAAAGGUUUCUCACGUUGUCGGUGGCCGCUGUGGUGGUAAGAAGGAUUCUUGCCAAGGUGUUGGUACCAAUGCCGAUAAGAUUGACCAAGCUAUUGAGGAAGCUAUUGAGUUCUUCCAAGGCAAGCUUACUCUUUAACCGCGGGCUGGUUGAUAAAAGGUUUACAUAAAUUUUCUUGUUUUAGUGUUGCAUAAAAUCUAGACAUGGGCAAUAUAAAAGGACGAUUUCCGAAGUACAAAAGUAACUGGAAGGAGUGUGUGUUUUGUGGGAUAGUAUGGAGCAAUUGAUUGUUUUACCAACCUUUUUU